AUGGAUUGGGAGCGGGUGCAGAAGCUUGUACGCGAGCUGAUAAUUGAGAUAGGCGAGGAUCCCACCAGGGAGGGACUGCGGGAGACGCCGCGACGCAUUGCCGAUAUGUACAGUGAGAUCUUUGGCGGCUAUGACUCGAACUCCGAGCUGUCAGUCCAGUUCUCCGAGGACUCGGACACGGUAAUAGCAAAGGGAAUCCAGUUCUACUCCAUGUGUGAGCACCACAUGCUGCCGUUCUUUGGCAAGGUCCACAUUGCAUACUCGCCCAACGGGCGGGUCUUUGGGAUAUCCAAGAUGGUGCGGCUGGUGGAAAAGUACUCCAAGCGCCUUCAGAUCCAGGAGAGGAUGACCCGGAGCAUCGCCAACGAGAUGCAGGCCCAGGGCGUCAGGGGGGUUGCGGUCCUUGUGGAGGCAGAGCACCUAUGCAUGAAGAUGAGGGGCGUCAGAAACGACGCACGGAUGGCCACAUCGGUGUUCCGGGGCAUAUAUGAGAGCAGGGAGGAGAAGGAGGCCGUCGUGGCCAUGAUACGCAGGCCCGCCGAAGACAUCUAG